GCUCAAGCCAGCAACCGAAAUGCCAGUCUUGCAAGAGUCGACUGCAUUCCUUGACUGCCGCAUAUAUCGCACGUUCCAGCAGGAGACGCCAGAGCGCAUAUAUCAACGUUCAACAUUGGACCACCAUAGUCUUCCUUCUCCCCCACGCAAUAGUAUAUCCUGUGUCGCCUCUACUAUAGGAUCAUGCCUUCGAACUCGAAUCCAUCUCAAGAGCCAAUUGCUAUUGUUGGUAUGUCCUUGAACGUACCAGGCGCGAACACCCCUCAAGAUCUUUGGGACCUGCUUAUGCGCGAUGAAAAUACGCUUCGUCACAUUCCACCCGGUCGCUUUGACGUAUCGUCGUGUCCUACCCUCCAAGCGCGCACCGGCAACUUUUUAGACAACCCAGGAGCCUUCGACGCUCGCUUCUUUGGGAUAUCUCCCCGCGAGGCGCAGUCCAUGGAUCCACAGCAACGUCUGCUACUACAUGCUGCAUACGAGGCCUUGGAGAGCGCAGGCUGCCCUCCGUCCACAGAUCCGGCAGGCGGCAAAAAGGCGUUCGACGGGGCUGCCUUCGGCUGCUUCAUCGGUGCCGCAACGCACGAUCAUGCAGCGAACAUGAGAGACAACGUGGAUCUUCACUACGUCACGGGAACCCUUGGUGCAUUCUUGAGCGGGCGAAUCUCGCAUGUAUUGGGACUUGAAGGGCCUUCUAUGGUCGUCGACACAGCGUGCUCCUCUUCUCUUGUGGCUAUUCACCAGGCUUGUCGAGCACUCCAGUUCGGGGACUGUGAUGCGGCUUUGGCGGGAGGCGUCAACGUCAUCUCGAGUCCAGAGUUGCAGUUGGGCCUCGAUCGUGGCCACUUCCUUUCCCAUUCUGGUCAAUGUAUGCCCUUCGACGCUUCCGCCUCUGGCUAUUCCCGAUCCGAGGGCUGCAUCGUAUUUGUCUUGAAGCGCCUUCCUGACGCGACCUCCAAUCGCGACAACAUUCUCGGCGUCAUUCGUGCCGUUGCCGUCGGCCAAGGCUCCAGCAGUCACGCCAUCGUCCAUCCAAACUCCCAGGCUCAGGCAUCGCUCCUCACCCGCGUGCUCGCUGCUGCAGGUCUGAACGCCGAUGGCGUAGAUGUUGUCGAAGCGCACGGAACCGGCACUCAAGCUGGCGACGUGGCCGAGAUGGCCGCCAUCAGGGCGGCGCUGGGAGAUCCGAACCGGUCAAGCGCUCAUCGCCUGCGUAUAGGCUCCAUCAAGGCUAACAUCGGUCAUCUCGAGGCUGCGUCCGGGGCGGUCGGGUUGGCGAAGCUGUUGCUUAUGCUCAAGCAUGACACUGUACCAUCGCAGAUCUCCCUUCGGACGUUGAACCCAAAAAUCAGCCCGUUGGAGAACGAUGGGAUAGAGAUCUUGAAGGAGGCGUCAACUUGGGAGAGGAAUGCAGAUCGAGAUGAUCGGCCACGCGUCGCGGUACUCAACAACUUCGGAGCCUCUGGGUCGAUUGGUGCUCUUGUUCUCGAGGAACAUGUUCCUCGUGCGUCUCAAGGCGUAGAGAUGGCGUCGAACGCGGAGGGAGAGCACGUCGUGUUAGGGAUUUCGGCCCGCGACGAACACGCUCUAGAGCUCUUGAGGGAACGUUGGCUUGCAUAUAUCUCCUCUCCCGACUCUAGCGAUCGGCGCUUUGUCGACAUUGCAUACACCGCCACCGCUCGCCGGCAUCCUUACCCUUGCCGUAUAGCCGUCUCUGCCACUUCAAAUCGCGAUGUCGUCGAGGCUCUGCGUUCCGCCGUGCCCCGUCGCGUGGAGGAUUUGGAGGUCAAAGCCGUUUUUGUUUUCUCAGGUCAGGGAAGCAGCUAUGCUGGUAUGGGCUCUGUGAUGUACGCACGCUCGGAAGUAUUCAGGAGGACCAUCGACGAGUGCGAUGCUAUCUUGCUCGCUCGAGGAUUUUCUUCCAUCCUCCCUUUCCUUCUGUCGCAGUCACAUCGUCGCGCAGAGGGAGAACCCGAUACGUCUCCAGACUGUUGUCAGACCGGGCUCGUCGCCUUCGAAUACGCUCUUGCGCAGAUAUGGAUUAGCUGGGGUGUCGUUCCCAGUGCCGUUCUUGGUCACAGCCUCGGUGAAUACGCUGCGCUAGCUGUAUGCGACGUCAUCAGCAUUGGAGACGCGCUUACUCUCGUUGCAACACGGGCUCGCCUCAUCGCCUCAUCGUGCGAGCUCAACGUGACUGGGAUGCUCGCCGUGAACGUUUCUGAAGAGGUCGUUCGGGACAUGCUUUUGUCGUCCAGCCAGUACUCCCCGAUCUCAAUCGCUUGCGUCAACAGUCCUUUCGACUGCGUCCUAUCCGGCCCCAUGCUUCAGCUUCGCGCUUUUCGUGCCCAGCUCUCGGGUGAAGGACUCAGAAGCACCUUGCUGGACCUGCCUAUCGGAUACCACAGCAGCGCUAUGGACCCUAUUCAGCAGGCGUUCGAAGAAGCUACCAGUAGCUUGACGCUCCGACCUCCGCGCUAUCCUCUGGCUUCUCCCGCGCUUGGUGCCCUUCUUGCUGGAGAUGGGAUGGGGUUCACUUCAUCAUAUUUCUGGGACCAUUGUCGUCGCCCCGUCCACUUUCACCACGCAGCCCAGGCCGUCGUCGCUUCUACCAUCACCUCAGGACGCACGGCGUGGAUCGAGAUUGGACCUAGUUCAUCGUGCCUGUCCAUGAUCGAAGCGACGCUUCCCGAGGGCACCAAUCAUGUCCUUCUCCCGACGAUGCGUCGGAAUCGCGAUUCCAUGGAUACUCUCAUGUCCUCGCUAUCGCAGCUAUACCUCUUGAACUCGCCCGUGAAGUGGCGUCGCGUCUUCGAAGAUCUGGGCGACGCAAAGGUUGUCGAGGGCCCGACGUACCCAUUCGAGUAUCAGAACUUCUGGACGCCUUACAAACCUGCCGCAUCGGUGACGCCUACCACGCUUCCUCAGGUCCAGGACCAUCCUCUCCUUCGAUCUUGCGUACAAUCUAACGCGGACAAGACUGUGUUUGAAACGCCCCUGACAGAACUCGCUCCGUUUGUCGUUGGGCACAAGGUCGCUGGUUAUCCGCUUUAUCCCGCAUCUACGUAUAUCGAACAGGCUCUAGAAGCGGUCGAAGCGUCUAGGGGCCAUCAGGGAACCGGGGUUGCGAACGAUGCGGUCGUCUUGCGUCAUGUCCAGUUUCUCAAGCCGCUCGUUUACGCCGAUAUAGAAGCAGGUCACUCUUCAAGACUUGUUAGGACGCAGUUGGAAGGUGACACUGCGGCCUCGAACCUGUCAGUUUCGUCUGUCGCGCAGGUCACGGGCGAAGAAGUGGUGCACAUGAGUCUCGAAGUCGUUUUCCGGCCCCUCAAAGAAACUACCGCGUUGUCCAAGGAGCUCUCUAGCAUCAGGGCGAGCGCCGAGCAAGCAGGUGUCGAGUUCGAAGGGGACAUUUUCUCGGCCCGGACCGUGUACGACGUUCUGUUUCCCCGUGUCGUCGAGUACGGCUCCGAGUAUCGCAGCAUUCGCGACAUCCGUAUCACCUCUGACGGGUUCCAUGGCGCGGCGAACAUUGUCCUACCAAGUUCCUGUCAAACGCCUCGCCUCGCUCGCCUCGCUUUCGUCGACGCUCUCCUUCACACUGCCGGAUUUAUUGCGAAUCUUCAGGCUGACAUCAAAGACGCUUACAUCUGUUGCGAAGUGGGCUCAGUCGUCGUCCCCGUAGAAUUGGAUCGCUUGGCAGACCCCCAUACCCUAUACUGCUCAGGGUCUUGGGUUUCCUUUGAGAGUAUCCUUGCCUUUGACGUAUAUGCGGUUCGAUCGGAUGCUCCAGGCUCGGUCGUGGCACAUCUCAAAGCGGUCACGUUCCGACGCGUCGGGAUCGAGAGUCUGAAACGUGGACUGGAGCUGGCUGCGAAUCACCCGACGGGUGCUAAAUCUCGCCCAAAGCUCUCUGCGAGUAGAACACAUUCUUCUCCCGCAGACCUUGCUUCCUUUCCACACCGGCAACUCUAUCUCAGAAGCAACUCCACAGAGUCUGAUGGUUUACGCAGCGCCGCUUCCGAGUACGAUCUUACUUCUAUCUCCAGUGUCGGUUCCUCGCCGACGACUUUGGUCUUCGGCGAAGCGCUCUCCCCUCACUCAGAGCUACUCGCAUUUUCUACGUCUGCGAUCAAGGGAGUCAUUGCCGAUGUCUUGGGCCUUAGGGACGACGAGUUCUCGGACGACUCAGAUUUCCAGGCUAUAGGGCUCGACUCAAUGAGCUCUAUCGAGGCUACGCAGGCGCUGAAGCGGAUGUUUGAAUUGGAAAUUCCACAUGACGCGUUCUUUCGGUUCAGGUCUGUUCGCGAGCUCGCCAAUCAGCUCUUGUAUCUCCAUGCCGGCCGCGAUAAUUCCAAACUAUUGUCUCCUAGUAGGCUUGAUGUUGGCGCGGAGGCUCGUAGUCCUUACGAGGGUGCAGUCGCCGUCAGGUCGACUCUUGUGCGCAUUCAAGACGCCCACGGCAGCGACAGAGCACCUCUGAUUCUCGUUCACGAUGGAAGUGGACUCAUCGGAAGCUACCGUCGCUUACCAUCGCUAGGCAGGGAUGUUUGGGCGAUCUCCAAUCCGCUAUUUUCCACUCUUAGUUCGUGGUCCAGUCUGGAGGAGAUGGCGGCGUCAUACCUCACGCAAGUCAAGCGUGCGUUCGCAAGCUCGGUCAUUCUCGGAGGCUGGUCAUUUGGUGGCGUCGUAGCAUUUGAAAUGGCCAGGCAGAUGAAUGUACACGACGAUCUUGUCCGGGGCAUCCUGCUUAUUGACUCGCCUUGUCCAACUCACCAUGUCCCUCUCUCGGAGUCCGUCAUAGAUUUCGUGGCCGCUCGUAUUGCCGCUCCGGAGCUGACGUCAUUUGUCAAUGCACAGUUUCGUGCUAACUCCGGUUUGCUGGCACAAUAUACACCAGCCGCUUUGCAGUGUUCCACUGUGCCUCAUAUCAUUCUUCACUCCUCGGAUAGCUUCAAUCCCAAAGAUCUCAACGACAUUUCUGCGUGGCUCAGCGAUCGACCUGGCGGGUUACGUUCUGAAGUCGCUGGUUGGGAGUCGCUCUUGGGUGCUCCUGUGCGUUAUGAUUAUGUUCCCGGAAAUCACUUUGAAGCGUUCAGUCAGAACAAUGUCGACGUAGUCGGAAGGCGGAUUUCAAUUAUCUUGGAGAUGGAAGGAGGUGGAACCUCUGGUCUUGUACUCGCAAAGCGCCUGAGCGAGAAAGGAUCCCAUUCGGUCCUUGUAUUGGAAGCAGGCCACAAGCCGCCCUCACACUUAAUGAAGACAGUAAACAUGACGGGUAUGGCCGUCAAACUUGUUGAAAAUAAAGAUAUCACACACCAGUAUCCUACCCCGCCUCAAGCUACACUCGGAGGGGAGGCGUUCAGUCUCCCAACAGGUCGGGGCAUUGGCGGAUCUAGCAACAUCAACUGGGCAAUUUGGACACGAGGUGCUGCAAUUGACUACGAUCGCAUCGCUGAUAUCACAGGUGAUGUCUCAUGGAAGUUUGAUGCACUCUUGCCGUAUUUCAAGAAGACAGAAACUUACCACUAUCCGGCCAACACGAACCACACCAUCAGAUGCGAGCUGCACGGAGCCGAAGGGCCGGUUCACAUCCAGCCGAAACACGCCAUUCUUUGGGAAUCUAAGUGGUCAAAGGAUAGUUUGCAAUCAUAUCAGGACGCCGGUUUGGAGUUUAGCGAAGAUGUCAACGACGGGGACACAUUGGGUAUUGGACCGGUUGCAAUAAGCCACUGUUUUCUGCAUGGAGGCCGGCAGACUUCGCGUGCAUAUGUCGCAACGAUACCAAAGAACCUUGAUAUCAGGGAGGGUGCACAAGUGGCGCGGGUUAUUUUCGAGGGUCACAAAGCGAUUGGAGCCGAAACCACUACGGGACAGAUUUUCCGAGCUGAAAAAGAAGUCAUUCUUUGCGCUGGAGCAGUCCAGUCCCCUGCUAUCCUUCAGAGAUCAGGGAUAGGGCCUCGACCUCUGUUAGAAAGCCUUGGAAUCCCGGUAAUCCAUGACUUGCCCGGGGUUGGCGAAAAUAUGUGGGACCAUUUUCAGGUGUUCCUUCGGUGGCGUCUUAAGGACGAGCACCGUGGAGACACAGUUGAUGAGUUGUCAAACCCCGGGCGACUGAAAGCAGAGAUAGACGCUUACGAGAAGGAUGGAACUGGGAUGCUAUGUGGGGUACCGUAUGAGUGGGGCAUCUGGAAAAACUUUCGACACGAAAUCGAGGAGGUGGUCAAGCGUGAUGAGAUGUUGUCGGAGAAAGCCCGCGCGCACCUCCUCUCUCCCAAUAUCCCUCAUGCCCAAUUUCUUCAUCUUCAUGGCUACGUACUGAACCCCAAUCCCACUGAUAAUAAGGCAUACUUCUCCAUUCAGCCCAUCGUCGCGACACCGACCUCGCGUGGCUCUGUUCGCAUCGUCUCUCGCGAUCCAACGCGGGAUGCUGUUGUUGACCCUAAUUGGCUCAGUACCGAUACGGACAAAGCAGUUAUUAAAUAUGCUGCGCUUUUUGCAGAGAAAGUAGCAUCUGGCCCCGUAUGGAGGGACAAAAUCGAUCAGGAGGUAGCACCACAGGAAGGAGUGAAUGGGUUCAGCGACGAGCGCAUCACGCUCAAGAUCCGCAAGAACUGCCAUACUGUAUUCCAUUAUUGUGGUACUUGCGCCAUGGCCGCGUCAGACUGCCAAGAAGUUCUCCCUGUCACAAACUCAAGUGGCGAGGUCUAUGGCGUGAGCCAAUUGCGUGUUGUCGAUACUAGUAUUUUGCCUACGCCAAUAUCAGCUAACACCCAGGCCAUCGCCUACGCACUGGCUGAGAAGAUCGCUGACAACAUCACGCAGAGAUACGCGUCCUAG